AUGUCUAUCACUAGUCCUUCACGACACCAACCUCACGACAUCUUCUUCAUCAAUGAACUCCUAGAAACCAUUCUUCUACAUACAGACAUGCGAACACUUCUAACAUCCGGCCAACGCGUAUGUCGGACAUGGAAGAACAUGAUUGAUACAUCAGUUAGAGUCCAAGAGAAUCUCUUCUUCAAACCGUCCUCCAAAGCCACAGGAAGCACCCAACGCCAACGGAAUCCUCUCCUAGAAGAAAUCCUCUGGGCCCAAUUCUUCCUCAAGCAACAAGAAAACUCAGAAUUAAAGGCAGUCGAAGUAAGCAGAUUUCCAAUGCGCGGUAGCGAUCGCCAGAAAGCAAAAGCGUACCUACGAAAAGACGCCAGCUGGAAACAAAUGCUACUUCAACAACCGCCAACCUCAUCAGUUGGAGUUCUGGAGAUCAUCAGACGAUCAGACUCGGAAUUCACCAAAUUGAAUAUCAACCCUGACAACAACUUCCUCCGAAUGGGUCAUAUUUUGGCUCUCCUCCAAGGACGCAGUACUCUAGUUCCAACGCGCAACAAAUGGAUACUAUGGAGCGGACGGUCUCGAAUCCGGAUGCCUCUUAACUUCGAGAUCUGGGCGCCGAAAUGGGUCUAUGAGCCUAGUACACUGCAACCAAUCCAAGAAUGGAUCCCGGAUAAUAUCGACUGGGACAGUCUCCGGUUGGAGGUUGCAUCGAUGUAUUUGAAUGACUUUGAUUGUGAUUUGGUGAUUGUAUCGGAGAGGAGACAGAAACUUUUCCAGGGGGAGGAUCGAGUGCACAAGGAGAGCAAACUGGAUCGUUGGCUUGAACGAUGCUUCUUGUUCGGAUUCAGCCUCCUCGCGUUCGUCGUUUUCGUCGUCCUUUUAGGUACUGGAUACAGUGGGCUUAAUAAUAGUGCGUCUCCUGCUUAA